CAAAAGGAAAAAAAAGCUCUUUGCGGUCGCGCUGUGUGACGUCAGACGCCGAAACAGUUUGCUGCACGCUUAAAAAAAACACAGGUGAACGACGUUUUUCUUUAAGGGCUGCUCGACCUGGUCCGGUUGGACAACUGGGAUAGAAAGAUAUGCCAGGAUUCCUGCGCAUGGAGACCAGGUUGAAGUUGUCCAGUGUUGAAGUGCACAAAAUUGAUCAUCCUGAAGCUCUUCAACAUGCUCAAGGCUACAUGGUGUGUGUCUCUUCUCCGAGGUGUGGAUGUGUGGGACCAGAGAUGGAGAGCUAUGAGGAGUUCUGCCUGCGGAGUCUGACCAUUCUGCAGGAGCAGAGGAAAUUUAAGAAGAUGACAUGUGAACCACCAUGUUCUCUGAAAGCUUGCUCUGUCAUUCGAUUUUAUGGGAGAGCUGUGCUUUCACCACUGCUCAGUGAAGAGCGGCGCACUGAGAUGUGUGACCACAGAGAAAGAGCAGUCCAGCGGGAAGUGGAUCGACAGAACCAACAGAGGAACAAGCUUUUAGCUCAAGUCCAGGACAUCCUGGACCAAUCUGAGACAAACACAUUUCAGAUUGGACAAGUCCAGAAGCAGCAAACCUGUAAAUCUCCAGUAAACAGCUACACUUUGGUGACUGACUUGCCUGGACCUCCGUUUAACCCCGGUUUUGAGCUUCAGAAAAAUGAUUUGCCCCCUACCACACAUUCUGUGACCCCCACACUCAAUAGUUUCAGCACACUAGAGAAAGUUAAGAUGAGGAAAGAAGAGAAAAGUGAAGAUGAAGAAGAAGAAGAAGAGGAGGAGGAGGAGGAGGACGACGACGUAAUCAGUCUGGAUAGUCUUCUUAAAAAAUCCAGACCAUAUUUGAAGAAAGAGCAGAGUCAGCAGGGGUCAAAGGUCAACCAAACGGCCAACACUGAGUCUAUCUGUGACAGUGAGAAUAAAAGAUUAAGUCCUGUUGGAAAUUCAGGCGUUGAGUUUGGAUUCAGUCUACAUCAUAGUCCUGCUGGCACACCUCAGACUGAGACCCCACAGCAAACUUUGUUUGAACCCAGCAUCCAACACACAGACAGUCUUGUACCAUGUCUUCCAGACCGAUAUGCUCGUCUACCUAGUCCAGAGUUUAGCAUUAGUCCGUGCGUAAGAAGACGCAAACCACGACCAGUUUCUACAGGCAACAUCCAUAUUUCAUUUCCCAUCACCCCUGAAGACCUCAUCCCACGAAGCCCAGGUAGAUCGGGAGAAGGAGCUUGCAUGGCAGACUGGGGAGAAACCAAAAUGUUUUCAGAGUACUGGGACACAUGGGAAAGUGAAAGUGGGUGUGGUUUCAGCAGUGGUUUAGCCAAUCAUCGAAGCAGUAAUAACGUUACAAGUUCUCCUCGUGAGGGCUGUAGCCCAGUCAGUACCACAGUGCCCAGCCCCAUGGUGCACCACAACCAUCCUGCUGCUGGUUUCCGCCGGCGCUGCCACACUAUGGACAGUCAGUUACAUAACAUCUACCCUGAAGAUGAGCAUAUAGACCGCAGCCAGGAGAGACUCCCACGUUUCAUGGCAGGAGUCACUUUGUUGGGAACAAAUCGCCGUUCCUCUGCAGUCCCCUUAAACCAGUCAUAUGUGAUAGAAAAUCCUUCACCGUCUCUAAUGAGGCCCCACAUAACUACAGAUACAGCUCAUGUUCCAGUCAAGAUGGCGUCUGAAGAUGUUCAAGGGGCAGACAAUGGAAGGAUGGCUUCAAAAGUGCUCACAAAUGCAACUGAAACACAAGCAGGCAAUUUGGAGCAGCCCCAGAGGCGAGCACAUGCUCUAGAGGACAUGCAAAGACGACUGGAGGAGGAGCAUGCUAUGCAGAUGUCGCUGCUUUUGGCAGAGCAGGAGAAAGAGCAACAGUGCCUCCGUCUGGAAUUGGAGGAAACAGGGAGGAAACUGAAGGAGCAGGCAUGUGUGCGACCUCUAAGUGCAGACAGUUAUGGGUGGAGUCUGAAGACAGGAAGUGACAGCUGUCCUUCCAUCAGCCCCUGUUUCCCAGGUUUAAGUCCUACCCGCACACCCUCAGAGCAGUCGUCUGGACACAGCUUAGGGUUUCCAAGCCCCAUCAGUCCUGGUGCGUGUCCUUCUGUCCAGCCUCCAGUUUAUAUCUGGGGCUCGGCCCGAGCAGGUGGUAAACCUCGAGGAAGGCUAAGUUUGGUCCUGACAGCAGAUCAGCAGAGGACUUUCAGUCGGAUCGCGGCUGUGACUCGUGGUUUCCUCACACGCAGGCUGCUCCAGACAGACAAGAUCAAACAGCUGCGACAAACCAUAGUGGACACACAGGAGUUCAUCCGUUCAUUCCACAGUGAUGGUCCGCAGAAGAAAAGCAGCUUCACAGCUCAAGACCUCUCCCUACAGGAGAGAGUUAAAGCCCAGUUAAGGGCAGCUCUUUAUGACAUCCACGACAUCUUCUUUGAGAUGCCUCUGGAGGAUCGAUUAGCUCUGCUGCAGCAGGACAGGGAGAUGCGAACAGAGAGGAAGCUGCGAGACUUGGACAAAAAUAAGAGCUCCAAGGAGAGAGUGGUUCUGUCUGCUGCCACACAGAGGUCACUGGACAGAAAAAAGCGGGUCAGUGAUUCCUCAGCACAGUCCAAGAAGAUGCAUGUGAAGCCCAAAAGCCCAACAACUAACAGAGUCCUGAAGCCGAGUCAGUGCCAAAAUUCUCCGGUCCUGGGCCAACUGAACCGCCAAGGGAGCUGGAACAGAAAGACCCCAGAGGAGAGAGUGAAGCGCUCGGAGAACCUGAAGAAGCAGCACUCCCUGGGUUAACAGGUGACUCCAGGUGACCUGACCUGUGAACUUGAAGUUUUACUUCUUUUUUUUUUUUU